GGCGCACGGAGUGUGUAGUAACACGUCAGUCUUCGGAGCUCCAGGAACCGGCUGGUUACGAGUCCUGCUCGACGAAGUCAUUUUCACUUCCCAAUGGUCGCGUGACCGCGGUUUUCAUAUUUAAUUUACUGAAGCCUCAUCGAUUAAGAAGUCUGUCAUGUCGACCUACCAAGAGUUCAUCCAACAGAACGAAGAUCAUGAUGGAAUACGUUGCAGUUGGAACCUCUGGCCUUCCAGCCGCCUGGAGGCCACACGACUAGUGGUUCCUGUUUCUUGCCUCUACACUCCCCUCAAAGAGAGACCGGACCUGCCUCCGGUCCAGUACGAGCCGGUACUGUGCAGCCGGGCCAACUGCAAAGCCGUACUCAACCCACUCUGUCAAGUGGACUUCAGAGCUAAGAUAUGGGCCUGCAACUUCUGCUUCCAGAGGAACUCUUUUCCUCCAUCAUACGCAGGCAUUUCAGAAGUGAAUCAGCCCGCAGAACUAAUGCCUCAGUUCUCCACCAUUGAGUACAUAGUGCAGCGUGGACCUCCAACUCCUCUCAUCUUCCUGUAUGUGGUGGAUACAUGUCUGGAGGAGGAAGACCUCCAGGCCCUGAAAGAAUCCCUUCAGAUGUCUCUGAGUCUCUUGCCGCCCAACGCCCUGGUGGGUCUCAUCACCUUCGGCCGCAUGAUUCAGAUCCAUGAGCUCAGCUGCGAAGGUAUGGCCAAGAGCUUCGUCUUCCGUGGCACAAAAGAGCUCACGCCCAAACAGAUACAGGAGAUGCUGGGACUGAUGAAGCCAGCCACCUCUGGACAGCAAGGCAAACCACUGGCCCCUCAUGACGCUGCUGCUUCCUGCAGAUUUUUGCAGCCUGUGCAAGCAGUAGACAUGAACCUGACUGACCUUCUGGGGGAGUUGCAGAGAGACCCCUGGCCUGUUCCUCAGGGGAAAAGACCUCUCCGUUCCACGGGCAUCGCCCUUUCUAUUGCUAUUGGCCUACUGGAGGGCACUUUCCCUAACACAGGGGCCCGUGUGAUGCUGUUCACCGGUGGCCCCCCAACACAGGGGCCCGGCAUGGUGGUGGGAGAUGAACUGAAGACCCCCAUCCGCUCCUGGCACGACAUCCAGAAAGACAACGCUCGCCAUCUGAAGAAGGCCACUAAGUAUUACGAGGCUCUGGCAAACCGUGCAGCAGUAAACGGACACAGCGUUGACAUCUACGCCUGUGCACUGGAUCAGACGGGACUGCUGGAGAUGAAAUGUCUAUCCAACCUCACAGGGGGCCACAUUGUCAUGGGCGAUUCCUUCAACACGUCUCUGUUCAAGCAGACCUUCCAAAGAGUCUUCAGCAAAGACUACAAUGGAGAGUUUCGCAUGGCUUUUGGUGGUACUUUGGAAGUGAAGACCUCAAGAGAGCUGAAGGUAUCUGGUGCGAUUGGGCCAUGUGUGUCCCUCAACACCAAAGGACCCUGUGUUUCAGACAAUGAAAUGGGUGUCGGAGGAACAUGUCAGUGGAAGAUUUGUAGUCUCACGCCUGCCACCACCCUGGCCCUGUACUUUGAAGUAGUAAAUCAGCACAACGCCCCAGUUCCUCAGGGUGGAAGAGGAGCUAUUCAGUUUGUUACGCAAUACCAGCAUUCAAAUACACAGCGGCGGAUCCGUGUCACCACCAUAGCCAGGAAUUGGGCUGACGCACAGUCCCAGAUCCAGCAUAUCGAAUCAUCAUUUGAUCAGGAGGCCUCUGCCGUUCUCAUGGCCCGGCUCGGCGUUUUCAAGGCAGAGUCAGAGGAGGGGCCUGACGUUCUCCGCUGGUUAGACAGGCAGCUCAUUCGCUUGUGUCAGAAGUUUGGCCAGUUCAAUAAAGAUGAUCCAAACUCCUUCAAAUUGUCUGAAUCUCUCUCGCUGUACCCACAGUUCAUGUUCCACUUGAGGAGAUCCCCAUUCCUGCAGGUGUUCAAUAACAGUCCGGAUGAGUCAUCCUACUACAGGCAUCAUUUUGUGCGUCAGGAUCUGACACAGUCGCUCAUAAUGAUACAGCCCAUCCUCUACUCCUACUCUUUCUACGGGCCUCCAGAGCCCGUUCUUCUGGACAGCAGCAGCAUCCUUCCUGAUCGCAUUCUGUUGAUGGACACCUUCUUCCAGUUGGUGAUUUACCACGGAGAGGUACGAAUCAAAUGCUUGUAUUAUGUACAAAUUCUUUAGAUAAUUAUUUCUAAGGAAAUCAAAAUCUCUGUACAAAAAAACUGCGGUCUUGGAUCUUACCCAUGAAAUAUACUACAUGCUACCUUAAAAUCUGGCCAAAAUGACAUGUCUCAGAAGGACAGCUAAUUUUGGAACAGCUUUCUUGUUGGAACUGCGCUUAUGAUGCCUACAAAUGU